GUCGUGCCGGCACAAGUGGACGCGAAGACGUCCUUUCUACGAUUUAUAUACCUACUUGGAUCGUUUUAUGAACAUCAGGAUAUUUUUUUGCAUUGGAAUGUCUUCCUCAUUGCUUGGUCCAGUCAAUAAAAUCCGGUUGGAUGCCGAUGUCGCCACGGUAAGACUGUGCUAGGAAGGAGCAGGACAGUGAACGAAAGUGCCAAGUGAUUGCACGCGUUUGGAAAUAAAUAUCGCAUCUAGUCUGCCACGAUAAAUCUGUGGAAGGAGUUGAAAGAUACGGUUGCUAUAGGUUAAACGGAAACAAUUUUCUAGAAUCGCUUCCUCGGUGUAGGUUUCGUUUCAAAACAUAUCGUGGAAAUUAUAUCAAUUUAUUAACCAUCAACGGAAAGGUGCGGAUUAGGCUUCUGCCGCCGGUGGAAAGCAACAGGAGAAGUGUGUUUUGUAUCUAGUUCGUGAUUCUUUCCCAAUCAACGCUUUCUUUUUUAUGGAUUGUUGGGGAAAGCUAAUAACGCCAACAAAGCGAUGAUUUAUUCCGUGAACAGAAAUCAUUAGGAGUACCGUUUGUUCUAAGUUUUUGCAACCGAGAAGUAUAAAAGAAAGUGGAAAAGUUUACUCGACCCCCCCUAGGGAAAAGGAAACGAAAUGCCAACUGAUUAAUUUGGACAGAACCAAAACAACGGCGGCCCGCACGGUACGGGCAAGGUGUUUCCGAAAGUUUUGGGUGUUCAUGUGAAAAAAAAGCUCUGUGAAAGUUAGAGGACCCGUUCUUCGUUAACCUUCUCUGAUUUCUUCGACCUUCGAUCGACAUGUUUUGGAUACUACGGCGUACCGGAGCGGCUAACUUUUUCAAUUCGAUCAACAACAAUUAUGCUACCAAAGGAGGUUCCAGUACCGGCAGCAAUUCUGACAAACACACAACUCGGCCCCCACGGAGGGCGUACGGUCGCCUCAGCGUCGAAUCCGACGAUGCUCAAACGCUGCGACGUGACACCGAGCUUAACGACAAUCUGAUUGAUGUAGAUAGCGAACUCAGCGUGAGCAACAGCAUCAAUAACAACAAUGUACUGGUGAAAAAUCAGAACCAUCCUACCAGCGGUAGUGGUGGUGGUGGUGGUGGUGGUGGCGGCAUCGGGACGACACGCUUUACCACCAGCACAGGACCAGCAACCACAGCGACCACGACGAUGGGCAAGACGAAUGUUGGUGGCUCGUCGUUUCCGUACCCCCACGACAGCCACCACUGCUACGCUGCUGGUGACGAUGGUGACGACGUGAACCGGAACCAAUCCAAUUGCAACGAAACCGACUCCGAUCUGGAGCUGGAUGCGACCAUCAAGGAACAAAGGCUCGAGGAGCAGACCAUUUCGCGGCUGCAAGCGAUGUCGUUUUCCGACGACGAUGAGUACGAUGAAUCCCUCACCUGCAACGUAUGCGACCGAGCUUUUCACUGUCGUCGACAGCUGGCGUCACAUCAGCAGAAAAAACGACAUUUCGGCUGCAGCGGUUGUGAUAGUCUAUUCCCAUCGCUGAUGCUGCUGGAGCACCACAAGGAGGAGUUCGAACACUGGAGCGAUUUCGAGGACGAUGGCCGGCUACCGUGCUGCCGGCGGAAUCGGCGCGACGAAGACUACACCGAUACCGAGACGGGUACUAGCGAUGCCGAGAGCGAGGACCUGGAACGGUUGCUGUAAAGCAAGGGUGUCUGUUGGGGUUUUUUUCAUCUGCUUUUUUUUUGUUUUUUCUAUUGGAUAUUGCUGGGGGUUUGAAGGAAUUGAUUGGAAUAAUCAUCAUGGGAGGGAAUUUAUAAUAGUAUUCCAUGCCGCAUAGCGGUGCUGAAAGGUGAAAUGUGCUUAGGAUUUUGCAAGGGUGCUUGUGAGCUUGAAGAAGACAGUAAUGAUGAUUUAAUUGAACAGAUGGCAAAAAGUACAUAUUAAGGAAUCGGAAAUUUUACAUUUCAGUAUUCUACCAAAUACAACAAUAUCAGUUCACCGUGUAUACAAUACUCUCUAUAUCAAACUCUAACUACAUAUCAGUUUCACUAUACUCUAUUUUCAACUUAUUUCGUUCAUCCAAACUAUUUAAACUGAAGUUUUUCUUGCAGGAAAAUCAUAGACAUAACACUCUUUUCUCCAUCGCUCGAUUUUUACUAGCCUUACGACCGCCGGUAAACAAUCUUAGUGAGCGUUGCGACGUGCGUACAACGGAACUGUCACUUCGGAUCAAGGUUUGUGUAUGUAAUCGGGUGAGGCCAUGAAGUUGCACAGAAACGCCAACAGAGAAUGAAUUCCAUGUGUUAUGUCUGUGGCAAAAUAUCAAACAACAUGAUCAAAGAAAGUUAAUAUCCAAAAUGCAAUAAAACGAGGACCCAAGCAUACAAGUAAUUAAAUUUUGUAGUGGAUUUUAGAGUGAUCACUAAAACGAAACAGUAUUAUAAGAAAACAAUAGCAGCGUCUGAGUGUAUUAAUAGAACUGUGCACGAAAGUGCGUACCAAAGCCAACUAUGAAAAUAAUAAAUGUAAAUUAAAACAAGUGUUUUGUAAUGUGGUAUGUAGGACGAAGGACGAAAGUAGUCAAAAGCUUUAAGCUGUUGAUGUAGGUAUAGGGAAUGCAUAGAAGAAAAUCAAAAAAUUAGCUUAACUAUCAUGGCACAUUAUUCUCGAUAGGAGAGAAACAUUAGAAACCCCUCAUCACAACUCCGAUUAUCAUUCUGUGUGCUUUCUAUGAACUAAGAUAACUAGACACAUUACAACACUAGAAUCAGUCGAAGAUUCAAAACUUCGAUUUGAUGGCCAGACUGGGUUGGUUUGGGUCUUUUUUAAGCUGUGAAUUUUUUAGUUUAUUUCUAUGUACUACAAAAGAAUGUAAUCGAAAAUUAGAAUCAUUAGAGUGACGCGCUGAACUAAUGUCUCGAGUGACAGGAUAGGACUAUCAUUGCAGUGAGUCACGAACAAUAAUCAAAAUGAAGCAUUUGAAAAUUAAUCCAUUCCCGGCGUGUGAUGCCGUAUGGCAUCACCAGACGUGAUUUGUGCAAUUUUAGCGUAAUAGCUUGCUUGAACAUUUACGAGCUGGUUCUUAUGAAUAGAAAAGAUCUGUUUUGUAAUGUAUAACAAUUCGUUCAGCUAUCAUGUCGCUUAUCAACGAAUUAGAUUCGCUAAUUCGAACGACUCAAAAACUGACCGACGGUUAUAGUAGUAGUCUAAAAUGAAGCUGUUCACGUCUCUAACGUUUGUCUGAUUGAUUGUCAUAGUCAAUUUUGGAAUGAGAGAUUUUUGCAUUUAGAUGCUUUCUAGUUCGACAAUGGUCCAACUAGCGGAGAUCCAACUAAAAGGCAGUCCUGUUAGAAAACGAUUCACGAAUAUGGUCUAAUCCACUUGUGGUUGUGUUAGUACAAAAUUGAGCAAAUAAUUCUUUUAUUUGGAUUUUAACGUAAGUGUUAAUACCUUAUUUAAGACUUUUUGGUGGUAUCCAACGGGGAAAACAGACCGAAAUAGUGAGUGAAGUAAAAGUAAACAUAUGGAAAAAAUAUUUUCCCCCAGAGACAGGAUUCGAACCUGCAACCUUUGAGAAUCCGGCCCAAUCUUGGAGCAGAAAAGUUUGUUCAACAAACGUCCUACGCGGAUCCACUUUGUUGUAGGGUUUUGACUAGAGAUGCACCGAAUAUUCGGUCGACCGAAUAUUCGGGCCGAAUACCAGCCGAUUUUGAUUUAUGCCGAAUAUACGGUACGCCGAAUAAUAAAAACCGACUUUCGGUCGAAUAUGAUAAGUAAUGGUCUAAUAUUCAUGAAAUAUUUAAAAGAAACAAAAUAAAAGAAAAUACAUAUAUACAAAAUACUAGAGAUGCACCGAAUAUUCGGUCGACCGAAUAUUCGGGCCAAAUACCAGCCGAUUUAAAUUUAAGCCGAAUAUACGGUACGCCGAAUAAUUAAACAUUAAAUAUUCGGUAUUCGGCUGAAAGCCGAAUAGUACUACAGCGCAAAUUCGUUAGUUGGGUGUUCGCUAGUUGGGCUGUUCGUUAGUUGGGUGCUCGUUAGUGGGGGCAUGCCCCACCUAAAAGACACUCUUAUGUCAAAACUGAAAGUCAAAAACUGAUUGACGUUUGAAUGUCAUUGAUUUCAAGGGGUUCAUUGGCUGAUUUCUGUGGCGAUCCAGAAAAAAUCAUACUUUGAAAUUCAAUGGAAUUUUAUUUUUUGAAUUCAUAUUUCGGAAUGACUUUAGUGAAAUAAAUGUGUUAAAUAUUUCGCUUCUUCCAUUCAACAUCAAUUAGUUUGAGCUAGUAACAACGUAGUAUGUUUGUGCUUUAUCGGCUUUUUCCCGUAUCCAUUUCCUAUUUAUGUGAAGAAAUUUAUCAAAAAAUAAUUGAUGGCAAAAAGAACACUAAUGACAUACUUUGUCACAAAAAAACAACUUUAAACUGGAAGGAAACAGUCAACUUUUGUGAAUUGUAAAAUAUUUCUGUUUAUUUUUUAUGAAAGAAAACAAAAAAUCAGCGUUUCCCUUGGGUAAUUUUUGUCAGCUGUCAGUUGCCCCAAUUAAAGGAUACGAUUCGCUAGUUGGGGCGCAGUCGUGACCCAACUAACGAAUUUGCGCUGUAUUCGGUGCAUCUCUAGUUUUGACAUCUUACACGCAACGCAAACUAAAAUAGAAAAAAAAAUUAAAUAGAUCAUAUGUGCCGCUGCGGUUGUGUGUUGUCUCGCUUUGCAGGCAGGGCACGAUCACUAUCGUCAAAGCGAUAAUCAUGUGUUCUUUCUAAUACGUCAUCAUAUUCCACGGAUAGUAUAAGAGUUUGUGCACUGGGCCAGAGUCUCAAAGGCGGCAGGUUCGUAUCUUGCCUUUGCGGGGAGAUUUUUUUCACAUAAUUGCUUUCACUUCACUCACCAUUUCGAUCUGUUUUCCCCGUUAGAUAGGGUGACCAUAUGAGACAAGUCAAAAACCAGGACACUCGAAAGGGUACUGCUUCCCCCCGCUACCUCUCAAUCGACAUUGCCUUUUCCGCAUGUUUUCGGCAGGUUAAAAGUUCUGGGGUCUGGUAGGCAGAGCUUCGUCAGUAAAAAAGUUCUGGGAGUCUGGGAGGAAGAGCUCUGCCAGAAAGUCUUUCGUCGGAAUUCGAUCACCAAGACAACAAAGGCAGUUCUUGCUACACCACCAUCAGCAAACGUUUCAUGCUGAGAUGGUCCGUGCAGGACCGACGAGUUUCAGUCAGUUGGAAAGUUAAUGAAUGAGGGAGGCGCUGAAUCUGAAUUUUGGUUUCGGUAAAUACAAGCAGAAACUGAUUUUGAAAUUUUGCAGCACUGGUUUGAGCGCGACAUUCCAUACUCCCUAUGAUGUAGGAUGCUAGACUCGGCGGUUAGUCGCUAUUCAGCGUCCAAGCGUGACGGCAUGUUAAUAGUCCAUUAGCUAUUUCAUUUAUUUGGUACGCCUCAAUGCAUUACCUGAGCCGUGGAUCUUUUAAUAUUAUCAAUGUGUAAAUAAAAAUAAAUAUAUCGAAUUUUAUUGUAUAUCCAUCGGAUCUUGUGUACGCGAUUUGUUACUUUGAGUAAAGAUCUUAUUUUUUGUUGAAGAUCUAUUUAUUUCAUUGCCUCUUGUUGCUUGUGGAUCAUUUAGUCCGCUUUCUCUCGGAUUAUCGUUUUCGUUCAUGCUAUACUCGCUGUUAAUGUUGUAUGGGUUUUCACGAUUACCUGGUUUGAAUUGUUAUUGACUUUAUUAUCGGUGGUGCUAUCAGUUGAUUGGAAAUUAGUAGGCGCAUCACAAUGAUCGGACACGCUGUGCGUAGGUUCUCUUGUUCCAGUAUUCGUUGGUGCCUGAGCUGCAACUCCGGUGCUUUCUGGUUUAGUUGAUGUUGAUAAAGGGCUGUGUGAUGCUUGCAGUUGAUAUUGCUUCGUUAGAGGUUUGUGUGCAUGGUUUCUUGAAGUGUGUCUUCUUGUGUAACAACGUAGGGCACGCAGGGGUCUGUCCUUCAUGCGUGCACAGCGUGAUUUGACAUUUGUUCCCGCGUUUUGCUUUGAAUUGAAAGUUCAGAUAUGAAGGAAUAGGUUCCGACACUCGCAUUCUCACGAAACAAACACCGUUGGAAAUAUCUAGAAAAAAUUUCUCCAGGUUUCAACCUUAAAGGAUUCCAUCUUACGUAUUCCGACAUGAUGGUUGCAAUAAAUUUAUUAAUAGUACCCAGGUGUAGAUCGUGCAGACGCAUAUCAAUCUUAUCAUUGUCAAUAUAAACGGGUAUCUUGGUCCUAACAUUAUCAUGCUCAACGACAUAUUGCAUGUUGUCUUCCAUAGCGUAACUUUCCGCUAUGGUCAAAUUUUAAACGUUAACAGUAACGAGUGUGGUGUAUGACGACGACUUCCGUUAGUCUAAACUGCAUUUGCAAAUUUGCUGCUGAGUUUCAAACAUCUUGAAAUGAAUGAUCGAUAUCGCACCGAUGGAAGUAACGUUGCUUUAUUGUUCAAACUGUCUUGGGAUGAAUUUUAUUAUUCGAUUUCUUUGCUUGUUUAUAGUACUGGCACGGUUCAUAUAGACAGCAGUCUGUAGGUAGAAACGUUCGUUUCAUUCACUGCACUGUUAACAAGCAGAGCGACUGAUUAGGUACUGGUAUCGACCCCGUAGUAAUUCCAUGAUCCCCAGCUCGAGAGAGCGCUAAAUAAAAUUUUCCACGAUAGUUGAUAUUUUUCUUUUUAUGAAACGAAUUUCCAGUAACACGAAAAAAGCCACUAGCAAGAGGAUUCAAGUAGCACCCAAACGCCGAUGUGUCUUUUCAGAGGUACCAAAGAGAAUUCUUCGGGUCCCGGAUUGAAAGGCGAUUUAAGCCGAGAAGAAGCGCUGGUAAACAUUGUUUCAUCGAUAUUGACGACGCACUCUUGAGAGAUUAAAAAAACAUCAGAAAGUAAAAUUGGGAGAUUUGACUUAUUAAGUUUUGUUUGUCGCAUUCCGAUAGAGGAUGAGUAUAAGUUGCAGUUAUGGUUGCGGUCGGUUGUAACUGCGAUCUGGAGCAUAGUGAAAAGCGAAGACUGAUUAAAUAGAAAUAUAUUAGGCUUACAGGAGAAAAACCAGGACAAAUCAAGCAUUUUCCUCGACUUCCCAGGACACCAGGACAGUCAAUGUAAAACCAGGACAUGUCCUGGGAAACCAGGACGUAUGGUCACCCUACCGUUAGAUAUCACCAAAAAGUCAUAAAAUUGAGGUUGUCAUUUGGAAUUCAUGAAAAAUGAGGUUAAAUUUAUUAGAACAUCGCAAGCAUACACUCUUAUUUCGCAUGCGUAAAUGUCCAUACUCGUUGCAGCUUAAUUCAUAGGCGUAAAAUAACUCCAUAUUUGCCACAGAGAACAGAUUUUCAGUUUCAAGCACAAAAAUAUAAAAUACUUGUGUAACAUUUGAGUGAAACUUUGUCAAAAAAAACGAAGAAUAAAACAAUUUUAUAUUACAUAAAUCGAUGGAUCUCAUUCUUUUGAGUCUAUGUUUCAAACUGUUUGAUGACGAGUUUUAAUUUAUUUCCUGUGGAAAUUAACGGCUCUGAAUCUCUAAAAAAACUCUGGCUAUCUCAAUCGCUUGUUUAAAACAAUUCCUCUGUCACUUCAAUGUGCAGCUGUUGGAUCGUUCUUGACCCAGAUAACAGACAUUUAGGCUAGAACAAAAUUUUCUUUAAAACCUGUGUAAAAUUUCAAUUGAUAAACAUUCCUAGUUCGAAUCCUAUCUUGGAACAAAUUUCAUCCAGCACAUCUGCUCAUUUUUGUAGUAGUUCUGUGUGUAGAAUUUACGUGUUGAUCUUUGUGGAUUCAACAAUGGAGACGACCCGUACCGAUACAUUGUCCCACUAGUAUAAUCCAAUCAAGCUUUACAAACGUGUUACUCUUGUAAACAAAAGAAUGUAGUGAACCCGUUAGCAGACACACAUACGCGCCUUCUUUCAACUAAGGCUGAACUGACACAAAUACCCUAAAGUAGUCAUGAUGAUGUGUUGGACCAUCUUCUCUUCUUAGAUGUUGUUUCUAAAGAUUCUAAACAGUGGUCCACAUCAAAUUGCAUCACGGAAAAUUACCUAAUGGACCGAUCCCUUUCAAACUUUCAGACAAUUAAAUAUAACCCAUUAGUAAGAUUUUGACAUAUUUUGUUUCAUCCAGUUUCAAUACUAUAACCGUACGCUCGCACCUUACAAAACCGGAAACCCAUUUUUUCUUCAUAUCUUCCUCAGAUUUGACCUCCUUGGGAUACUUACGUAGUGCCUGCUUCAUAAUUACCCACUACUUUUCGAUCGGCCUUUGUUCCGGUGCGCUGGAGGGGGAUUUUCAUUUCCUUGACUACGAAAGCGACCCCUUUGGUGAUACGACACUUCAGGACAUUUGAAUAGCGGCACGAAGCUAGAUCCAGUCAGAAGAUCGUAGGGCUCUCGUGUUGCUUCAAUAGAGGAAACAAACGCUUCUGAAGACACUCCUUGAGGUAAAUCUCUCCGUUUACAGUCCCAGUAGUCAAGAACGGCGCACUCCGUUUACCACAUGAGCAGAUCGCUUGCCAAAUCAUGUAUUUAUUGACAAACUUCUGCUUCCUUACUUCCUCCGGUACAUCAAACUUGUGCUGGGCGGUGAAGAACAGUAGCCCCGCAAGCUGCCCGAAGUCCGCCUUGACGUAAGUCUCAUCAUCCAUGAUAGCACCAUGAAGCUUCGUCAACAUCGGGGUGUACAGUUUUCGGACCCGUAACUUUGCCUCCGUUUUUGUGCCGUUCAUCACGAUUUGGAGCCUUCUGCACUUUUUACGUAUGUAGUCCCUCCCGGUCGUUAGCCCUCAGAACGAAAGACUUGGACAGAUUUAACUUUUUGGUCACAUCCCUGACCGAAACACUUGGAAUCCGCUUAAACGCUUUCACUACAUGCUUAUGAUCCCAAUCACUAAAGAACUCCCAUUCUGACCGCAUAUCUCCUUGCGUUCGAACGUUUAAUUGCACACAAUUCUGAAUUGUUUUCCGAUGUCCCGAGGAGAGAAUUUAGAAUUUUCCCAGUGCUUCGUGUGACGCCAUUUUUCCAAUUUUCGGAAAACUGACGGCGAUAAAAAUACAGUGUAAAUAAUACACUCUAAACUACUUCUACCAAAAUUUUUAAGAGAAGCACCCAAUGAGUUAUUUUUCACAGCGUUUUUUUCCGUGAUGCAAUUUAAUGUGGUCAUGUCCUGUAAAUUUAAGUUCAUAAUUAGAUAUUCAUUCAGUCUAAUUUUCGAAAAGUAUAAAACUAUUUUCCCUUGAUAACAGCCAAAAGGUUAAUUAUGAUAUCAACUCUGGAUUGAUCAAAAUAUUUAUUCCUCAGAAAUGGAAUAAGUUGUAAAGUUAACGUUUAGACAAAGCAAAAAAUAUGAAAAAUCGAGGAUUUGAGAUUGGAAAAGAACCCGUAAAUUACCAAUUACACAAAUACUUUUUCGAUCGCUGUUUAAGAGAUUUGUAAGAAGAAACCGAAUUACAUAAUAGACGCCCUAUCAAGAAUAUAAAGAAUGAUGUAAUAGCAAAGUUCAUGAGUAGAUGAAAUAUAUUGUAUAUUCUGUAAAA